UUUGGAUCCGCCUCUCCAGCUGUUGUGCGCCCCCCAGACUCCCCAACUGCUUAUUUCAGGGGAGCCGAAUUUCGCACCUGCCGCGAUGGAUCCGUUGGACGGGUUCGGUUCUCCCAGACGGGAAGAGGCUUCGGCAGACAGCCGAUCCGGCUGGACCCGCUUCUCCUCCUGGCUGGAGUGCGUGUGUGUGGUUACCUUCGAUCUGGAGCUCGGACAAGCCAUUGAGCUCGUUUAUCCGCAGGAUGUCAAACUCACAGAGAAAGAGAAAACCAGUAUCUGUUACUUGUCUUUUCCUGACUCCUACUCGGGAUGCCUUGGGGACACUCAGUUCACCUUCAGGUUACGCCAAUCAGUUGGGCGUCAAAGUUUCAAAGUCGACAUCUAUAACAGAGACGCCCCAGCCACGCUGCAGAGGGAAACGGCACAUUUUUUCGGCUACGUCUACUUCCGUCAGGUGAAGGAUGUGUCUGUGAAGAGAGGCUAUUUUCAGAAGUCGCUAGUGUUGGUGUCCAGGUUGCCCUACACACACCUGUUUCAUUCGGUGCUGCAGAUCAUUGCACCGGAGUUCUUCGAGAAGCUGGAACCCUUCUUGGAAGCAGUUUGCAAUGAGAUUGACCAGUGGCCCAACCCCUCACCUGGACAGACACUCAACCUGCCCGUCGUGGGCGUUGUCUUACAGGUUAUAAUUCCUUCAAAAACAGACAAACCGGGAGGAAGUCCCGUCAAACAGAUAACUAACGAGAGCCCACUGCCAGCUCCAACACUCCUUCCAACCAUCCACGAACUGGACCUCUUUAAGUGUUUCCAGUCGGUUCUGAUCCACCUCCAGAUGCUGUGGGAGCUGAUGCUGCUCGGCGAGCCGCUGGUCGUCAUGGCGCCGUCUCCAACUGUCUGCUCAGAAACGAUACUGGCGCUGGUCAGCUCCAUAAGCCCUCUGAAGUUCUGCUGUGACUUUCGGCCGUAUUUCACCAUCCAUGACAGCGAGUUCAGAGAGUACACGACCCGGACGCAGGCGCCUCCAAAUGUGGUUCUGGGAGUCACCAACCCGUUCUUCAUCAAGACUUUUCAGAACUGGCCUCACAUCGUUCGACUGGGAGAGAUAAAGAUGGCCGGUGAUCUUCCGAAGCAGGUGAAGGUGAAGAAGUUGUCCAAACUAAAAACUCUCGACACCAAACCAGGGAUUUACACAGCCUACAAAACGUUUCUACACAAAGACAAGAUCCUUAUCAAGAGGCUUUUGAAGGGAAUCCAGAGGAAAAGGCCGUCAGAGGCUCAGAGUGCCAUCUUGAGGCGACACCUGCUUGAGCUGACGCAGAGCUUCAUCAUUCCUCUGGAGCGGUACAUGGCGAGCCUGAUGCCUCUGCAGAGAUCGGUCACACCCUGGAAGACUCCUCCGCAGGUUCGUCCCUUCAGUCAGGAUGAGUUCAUUUCCACUCUGGAUCAGACCGGCCCUCAGCUCACCUCCAUGCUCAGAGGGGACUGGAUGGGUCUGUACAGGAGGUUCUUCAGGUCCCCGAACUUUGACGGCUGGUACCGCCAGCGCCACAGAGAGAUGACGCAGAAGCUGGAGAGCCUCCAUCUGGAGACGAUCUGCGACGCAGACCUUAUGGGCUGGACCAAAGACAAGUCGGAGGUGGAGAUCGUGGACCUGAUCCUGAAGCUCAGAGAAAAGCUGAUCAAAGCUCGCCGGCAGCAGCUGCAGGUCAAAGAUGAAGUUUUAGACAAACUGGACGCUUUCAUAAACUCUAUAGUCGGCUCGCUGCCUGAAGACCUGCAGCCCGUCCUGAACGCACGCUGACGCCAUCACACCUGAUAUAAGCCCAAACAAUGCAGAAAGCAGAUGAGUCUGGUGAAGACUCAUCUGCUGUCAUGACGACACAGAAGAUUUUCAUUUAUCUCAACAGAAAACCCAACAGCAGACAGUCGAAGCACACAGCCGUUAUUUUUCUAGUCUGAGAAAUUAAAAACACUAACAUGCUGCUCUCCAUGUAUUUCAUCUUAAUAUACUCUGAAUAUAUUAAGACUUUAUUCCCACGUGACUUAUUCUGACAAUAGUAUGACUAUUUUCUGGUUUAAUUUUAUUCUAGUACAAAUUAUCCUCAUAUUAAGACUAUUUUUCUGCUGACUUUAUUCUCAUAAAAUAACGACUUUAGUUUCCUACAACUCUUUUCUUGUAUAACUUAUUCUUUUUUUUUUUUUUACUAUUACGGCUUUACUCUUCUACUUGUGGGAUUACUCCUAGUAGAGGUGUGAAUAUAGUCACAAGACUUUAUUCUUGUAACUAUAUUCUCAAAAUGACUUUAAUUUUUUAUGACUUUAUUCCCACUGCUUAAAGCUGAGACAUCUUGAUAGAAACUCAAUGUAGAAGUGAGAUAAUUCUGGCUGCAGAUAUUUCAUAGAUAUUAAUUUAUGCGAAUAUAUUAAUUUAUCUAAAAGAAAAGCCCAACUCAGAAUAGCAGACAGUCGAAACACAUGGCAUUAUUUUUCUAGUAUUAUAGAGAAAUUACCACUAACACGCUGCUCUCUCUUCAUGUAUUUGUGCUCUAAAAAAUAAAACUUGAAUCAUCUGA